GAUAUUGUCUUACACAAUAAGUAGUUUAUUUUGCUAACUAGUAUAAUAUUUAAGUAUAAAUUAAACAAUCUCAUGGGAAGAAAGGGGGAAAACCCUAAGUAGUUGACAGUGACAGAUGGGAAAGGAAACAGUGAAACAUAUAACUGUUAAACUGUAAGAUAAAGAUAAACUGUAUCUCACUUCUUAAAAUAGGGUCAUAAAAAGUACAGUCAUAAGUAGUAAGUGAAAUUUGGAUAAAUGCAAAUGUCCCAGUGAAGAUUUUAUUUAGAAAUACUGAGAUAUGUAUAUAAACAAAAGUAAUAAAAUUUUCAUAUAUUUGUCUAAAAUAUAGAUUUUCAAAGGAUGAGUUUAAGCAGUGAUGGAUCAUACUCCGUGAAAUAAUUUCCGCAUUUAACAGAGAUCUAGCCUUCAAGGCCUUCACAAUCUCACAUUUUUUCCUUUACUCGAUUUUGUCUGUGGAAAUAGCUCAGGGAAAAUAAAAAAGAAAAUAGUACCCACAAUAAGAGUAAGGGAAAAGUUUCUGGCUUAGGAAGUUAAACUCUGGACCCAGGAGGCAGCGCUUCUGGGUCAGGUCAACAUGGCGGGCCAGCCGGCUGUUUCAUCAUCAAGCAAGUGGCUGGAGGGUAUUCGAAAACGGUAUUACAAUGCUGCCAGGUUCAAUAAACUGGGCUUCAUGCGAGAUGACACAAUACAUGAGAAUGACGAUGUAAAAGAAGCCGUAAGAAGGCUUCCUGAGAAGCUUUAUAACGACAGAGUGGUCCCCAUUAAGAGAGCACUGGACCUCAGCAUGAGGCAGCCGACCCUGCCUAAAGAGCAGUGGACAAAGUAUGAGGAGGAUAAAUCCGACCUUGAACCACAUCUGAGAGAGGUUAUUUGGGAAAGAAAAGAGAGAGAAGAAUGGGCAAGGAAAUAACUUAGUAGUCUAAAUCUGUGGAGACAGCUGUUCUCAAGUAUUUUUAUGAAGUUGGUUAAACCUAAAAUGUACGAUGUAGGACUAUUUGGGCUGUAAAUGUAUUACUUUAAAUAAGUAUCAUAAUUAUUGUUGGAAAAAAAAAUAAAGUGAAACUCUAGAAGUCUACUAACACUUUGGUCUAGGAGUUGCCUCAGAAAAACAAAGCAAUAGAAAUGGUAUAUCCUUCUCAGGUGGCCCAGUAGAAAAGAACCCGCCUAUCAAUGCAGGAUACACAAGAGAUGCAGGUUCGGCCCCUGGGUUGGGAAGAUCCCUUGGAGAAGGAAAUGGCAACCCACUCCAGUAUUCUUGCCUGGAGAAUCCCAUGGAUGGAGGAUCCUGGCGGGCUACAGUCCGUGGGGUCGCAGUCAGAUGCAACUGAGCACAGACACAUAUGAAUGAUUAAGGAAAAAUAAUUUUUUAAUGAUCAAAAUUCAGUCAAGCUAAGUAGUGAGAAUUAAUGUGGGCAACUUAAUAGGUCAUCUCCAUCAGUAAUGAAG